CAGACACUCCUCCAUUGCUUAACCACCUCCCCCUCUACUAUCACUACUACGUCCUCCUCUACCCCUUCCCCUCCUCCUCCUCCGAACUAGUGGAUGCGGUGGUCAAUCCCUUGAGUUUCAAUCUAAUUCUCGUGUGUCGAGCUCGCUGCUAUAUGGUGUGGCUCCGGCCAACCCUCCUUCAAGAUGCAGUCCUCCCCAAACAUGCUCACUAAGUUUGAGUCCAAAUCUUCCCGCGCCAAAGGAAUUGCCUUUCACCCUAAGCGACCAUGGAUUCUAGUGUCUCUUCACUCCUCCACCAUUCAGCUAUGGGAUUACCGCAUGGGAACCCUGAUCGACCGCUUUGAAGAACACGAUGGUCCCGUCCGUGGCAUUGACUUCCAUCCGACACAGCCCAUGUUUGUUUCCGGAGGUGAUGACUACAAGAUUAAGGUCUGGAACUACCAGACCCGCCGGUGCAUGUUCACUCUGAACGGUCAUUUGGAUUACGUGCGGACGGUCUUCUUCCACCAUGAGCUGCCAUGGAUUCUCUCAGCCUCCGACGAUCAGACGAUCAGAAUCUGGAACUGGCAGAACCGGUCCCUAAUCUGUACCAUGACCGGCCACAACCACUACGUUAUGUGCGCACAGUUUCACCCCACCGAGGACCUGAUCGCAUCGGCCUCGUUGGAUCAAUCGGUCCGUAUUUGGGACAUUUCCGGUUUGCGCAAGAAGCACUCGGCCCCGACAACAAUCUCCUUCGAGGAUCAGAUGGCCCGGGCCAAUCCCGGCCAAGCAGAUAUGUUCGGAAACACAGAUGCAGUGGUCAAGUUUGUCCUAGAGGGUCAUGAUCGUGGAGUCAACUGGGUCUCCUUUCACCCGACUCUGCCUUUGAUCGUCUCCGCCGGUGACGACCGGCUCAUCAAGCUAUGGAGAAUGAGUGACACGAAAGCUUGGGAGGUCGACACGUGCCGCGGGCAUUUCCAGAACGCCUCUGCCUGUCUGUUUCAUCCACACCAGGACUUGAUCCUCUCCGUCGGCGAAGACAAGACAAUCAGAUGCUGGGACUUGAAUAAGAGAACGUCCGUACAAUCGUUCAAGCGCGACUUGGACCGGUUCUGGGUCAUCGCUGCCCACCCCGAGAUCAACCUUUUUGCUGCUGGUCAUGACACCGGUGUCAUGGUUUUCAAGCUGGAGAGAGAGCGACCUGCCUCCGCCGUGUACCAGAACCAGUUGUUCUACAUCACCAAGGAGAAACAUGUCAAGUCCUACGAUUUCGGUAAGAACGUUGAAUCUCCUCCUAUGCUCUCCCUGCGCAAAUUGGGAUCUCCUUGGGUUCCCCCUCGUACCCUCUCAUACAACCCUGCCGAGCGUGCCAUCCUGGUCACGUCCCCAACGGAUGGUGGCGUGUACGAAUUGAUCCACCUUCCGAGGGAUGCUACCGGUGCUGUGGAGCCUACCGAUGUCAAGCGUGGUCAGGGAACGUCUGCUGUCUUUGUUGCGCGCAACCGCUUCGCCGUCUUCAGCCAAGGCAACCAACAGGUAGACAUCAAGGAUCUCAGCAAUGCGACAACGAAAUCGAUCAAGCCUCCUGUAGGCACCACUGACAUCUACUUCGGUGGAACCGGAUGUCUUCUCUUCAUCACUCCUACCUCGGUCGUUCUUUUCGACAUUCAGCAGAAGAAGCAAUUGGCGGAACUCACUGUUAGCGGCGUCAAGUACGUGGUCUGGUCCAAUGAUGGCCUCUAUGCCGCUUUGCUCAGCAAGCACAAUGUCACUAUCGUGACCAAAACCUUGGAGCAGGUGAGCAGCUUGCACGAGACGAUUCGUAUCAAGAGCGCAGCCUGGGAUGACGCUGGCGUCCUUCUCUACUCUACCUUGAACCAUGUCAAAUACUCUCUCCUUAACGGUGACAACGGCAUUAUCCGUACCCUUGACCAGACAGUUUAUCUUGUUAAGGUCAAGGGCCGAAGCGUUUACUGCUUGGACCGUAGCGCCAAGCCCCGCGUCUUGGACAUUGAUCCUACUGAGUAUCGGUUCAAGCUUGCAUUGGUGAAGAGGAACUACGAUGAGAUGUUGCAGAUCAUUAAGACUUCCAGCUUGGUCGGUCAAAGCAUUAUCUCGUAUCUGCAGAAGAAGGGUUACCCCGAGAUCGCGCUGCAAUUCGUGCAAGAUCCCCAGACCCGCUUCGAGCUUGCGCUCGAGUGUGGCAAUCUGGAGGUAGCUAUCGAGAUGGCUCGCGAGCUGGAUCGGCCCAAUCUGUGGAACAGACUGGGCGUGGAGGCUUUGGCUCAUGGUAACCACCAAACUGUUGAGAUGGCCUACCAGAAGCAGCGAAACUUUGACAAGCUCUCUUUCUUGUACCUGGCGACUGGUGAUCAGGAGAAGCUGUCCCGCAUGGCUAAGAUUGCUGAGCAUCGCGGCGACUUCACCUCGCGCUUCCAGAAUGCUAUCUACCGUGGUGACGUCGAGGACCGAAUCCAGAUGUUCAAGGAAGUCGAUCUUUACCCGCUCGCAUACCUCACUGCCAAGUCCCACGGUCUGACCGAGGAAGCCGAGUCGAUUCUCGAGGCUUGCGGUCUCACGGAGGACCAGAUCACACUCUCUAAGAUUGACGAGCCCCUGCGCGUGCCUCAGCCCAUUGUUCCCACCUUCAAGGCUAACUGGCCUGUCAAGGCGGCUGCUCAUUCCUCCUUCGAGAAGGCUCUCCUCGGAGAGGUCGGUGCGGGCGACGAUGAGGUGGCCGCGAUUGAGUUUGAACCCGAAGAGGAGGAUGAGGUUGCUGCUGCGCGUGACAACUUCGAGGAAGAGGAGGAAGAUGUUGCCGGUUGGGAUAUGGGAGAUGAGAUCAACGUGGAAGAGGACGCCGAGUUCGUCGAUGUUGAAAGUGCAGAGGCAGGUGCUGGCAGCACGGAAGCCGAUCUUUGGGCUCGCAACUCCCCCUUGGCAGCGGAUCAUGUCGCUGCCGGUUCCUUCGAGACGGCCAUGCAGCUCCUUAACCGCCAAGUUGGUGCAGUUAACUUCGCCCCUCUCAAGCCCCGAUUCAUGGAGAUCUACAAGGGCUCCAAGACUUACCUCCCCGCCAGUGCUGGUCUUCCCCCGUUGGUGAACUACGUCCGCCGUACUGUUGACGAGACGGACAGCCGCAAGGUUCUGCCUGUCAUUCCCAGAGACUUGGAGACGAUUGCCAAUGUCGACCUGCAAGAAGGUUACGCCGCGAUGAGGGCGAACAAGCUUGAGGAUGGUGUCAAGAUCUUUAAGGGUAUCCUGCACUCGAUCCUGCUCAACACCGUCUCGUCCGAGGCUGAAGUCGAGCAAGCGAAGAAGAUCAUCGCUACCGCGCGGGAGUACAUACUCGCUAUGUCGAUCGAGUUGGAACGUCGUUCCCUUUCUACUGAUACGCCAGAGGGCCUGAAGAGAAGUCUUGAGCUCUCGGCCUAUUUCACUAUCCCCAAGCUGGAAGUGGCCCACCGUCAGUUGGCGCUGAUGGCUGCCAUGAAGUUCGCCUUUGCCAACAAGAACUACUCUUCCGCUCUCAGCUUCGCCAACCGCAUGCUGGCCAACGGUGGCUCGCCCAAGCUUCUGGAGCAGGCUCGUAAGAUCAAGAUGCAGAGCGAACGCAGCCCGCAAGACAAGAUCGACAUCGAGUUCGAUCAAUUCGCCGAGUUCGAUAUUUGCGCUGCUUCAUACACGCCAAUCUACGGUGGCUCGCCUAGUGUGUCCGACCCCUUCACCGGAGCUAAGUACCAUGAACAGUUCAAGGGUACGGUGUGUCGGAUUUCGGAGGUGACGGAGAUCGGGGCCCCGGCUAGCGGACUCCGCUUGUUUGUCCCCGGCCAGUAUUGAGGAUGACGAUGACGAGCCUUUUUUUUAUACUGUAAUUCCCCGUGUCUUGAUGUGCAGAUCUGAUAGAAAACGAUUUCUUUUCUACUAGUACGGCUGGAGGGGGCCUUGGUGCUUGCCUUUGAUUUAUGGGUGAACCUGCUCUGCUUGUGUAAUUUCUCAGCGACAUUAGGCUUCAUCCCGAUACUUCUUCCCAAUACUUGUUCCCGUUACUUCUGUCUCUUACUUUGGAGUCACGUUCUCAUGUUCCCGCUAUGGUUUGUGCAAAAUCAAAAGUAAAAAACG